AUUAACCACGAUUUUCGCGCGUGAGCAGUGGACGAGUGGCACGAAGAAACUGCUGCAGGACGAGAGACGCCGUCAACGGAACAACAAUGUGGUAUCCGACAAUCGUAUAACGUAGCGCGGAGUGUCGUAAUUCUAGUAAUUAGUGCGCGCGCGAAUUAAACACGAAUAAGUUUUCGCGAGUGAAUUUCCGCGAGUGAAUACUGUGCAACGGUGCGACCUGAGAGGAGGACGAGGCCUGGGAGGCAUCGGGCAUCGGCGGAGCAACGAUAAGUUCAGCUAGUAAUGCAGUUUACAACUCCGCUGCCUGCGUAUCGUAUCGGUACGAUCUUCAAGCGGUGGAAGUGCUCAGUGUUCUGAAGGGCUUAGGACGGGGAAGCUAACGUGCUCGUCGUCGCCGAUUUUAAUUGAAGAAACGAACCGUAGCCGGUUCGUCGCGUCGCAUUAACUUCGGGAGUGCCGUACAAAGUAUCGCGCGAUCGUAGCUACGCGGGCGUUUUCGCGAGUGCCGGGGAAGUUCUACGGAAUUGACAACUUGGACUGCCCGGGGUGAUGAGUGUAAUUAAUUUUUAUAUACUAUACAUAAAAUGCCGCGUUGCCCUCAUUAAACGAAUCGUUUAUUCAAAUCGUCUUGAGGACAACGACGCGGGGAGUGUCGCGUCGAGAGAAUCCUACAAAGCUGACAACCCGGACGGGCCGAGAGGAGGAGGAGGCCUAGGAGAGGCAUCAGGCGUCGACGGAAUAACUUUGAGAUCUCUCAACGUAGCAGAUAUUCCGUUGUUGCGCGUCGAUCGUACCGUAAGUAUCUCAUCGCUGCGCGUGCGCGGAGCCACGCAACAUGACUGUCCGAAUCGCAAGAUUCGUAAGUGCAGCACCGAUUGUCUGAAGGGUGCCCAGGGCUCUCGGAGCUGAUUUUAUUCAAGGACU